UUUGUAACGGUUGGUGGACAAGUUAAAUAUUUAAAACAACAAAUAAUAUUAUCAACGAAUUUAAAUCAUCUCAACAUGAAGAUUUGUAGGACAAAUACCGUGAUAGUAGUAUUAUUAACAAUGCUCCAUUCAGGAAUUGGGGAAAAAGUUAGAAAAGGAGCUGUGGUUACAAAUGGUUAUGGAUGUUCAGAAAUAGGAGCAUCAAUUCUUCAACAAGGCGGCAACGCCAUCGAUGCAGCGAUCGCAGCGCUAUUUUGCGAAGGGGUUUCGAUGCCACAAAGCAUGGGUCUUGGAGGAGGAUUUCUGUUGACAACGUUUAAUAAAACAACAGGAGAGGUGUGGACGAUGAAUGCCAGAGAAGUGGCGCCGGGCCGAGCGCAUCGUGAUAUGUACGUGGACGACCCUAAUUCCUCCAAAUGGGGAGGUAAAGCGGUCGCUGUACCAAGCGAAUUACGAGGGUAUUGGCACAUGUAUAAAAGAUUUGGCGGAGGCGUCCCAUGGGCAAAAUUGGUGGAACCAACCAUCAAAAUGUGCACUGAAGGAGUGAAAGUUACUAAAUUUUUAGCAGAUGUCUACAAAAGAAAAAAAGAUUAUUUAUACAAUGAUCCCACCCUCAGAUCGAUUUAUAUCAAUUCACAAACCAACGAUACUUACAAAGAGGGAGAGUCCGUGAAAUUGCUUAAAUUAGCCUAUACUUUAAAAAUAAUUGCCAAGGAGGGAGGGGACGCUUUGCAUAAUGGAUCGUUAACAAAAAGAUUCGUUAAAGACAUACAAGACAAAGGAGGAAUAAUAACCGAGGAUGAUAUGCGGACUUACGAACCCAUCUGGGAAGAGCCAAUAGUAAUCUCAAUGAAAAACGACGAAACCCUCUACACCUCCCCUCUGCCCGCCAGCGGAAUCCUAAUUGCUAUAAUUUUAAAUACCUUAAGUGAUUUUGUUAAUUCGGAUGUUGACAACGUUACUGCUGCUCAGAGAAUCGUGGAAAGUUUCAAGUUCGCUUACGCAAGAAGGGGAGAAAUGGGAGAUCCGAACUUCGUGGAUGUAACGGAGUUAUUAGAAAGCUCUACAUCAAAACAAUACGCAGAGCGAAUUCGAAGAUUAAUAUCUGACAACAAAACGUAUGAUGAUCCUAAACAUUAUUAUGUGAAUUCCACCUGGCCAGAGGAUCAUGGAACUGCUCAUAUAUCAGUGCUCUCACCAGAAGGGGAUGCUGUGUCUGUGACAAGUACAAUAAAUCUUUUAUUUGGGUCAGGUGUCGCCUCUGAAAGCACUGGCAUCAUACUUAACAAUGAAAUGCGUGAUUUUUCGUCACCAAAUGUAACAAACGGAAACGGUUUCGAAUCCUCACCCGCAAAUUUUAUUAAGGCUGGCAAACGGUCGGUUUCAUCGAUGUGUCCGUCGAUAGUUCUAGAUAAAAACAAGAAUGUGGAGAUGGUUGUAGGUGGCGCAGGAGGACCGAAAAUAACAACUGCAGUUUCUUUGGUUAUUCUUCGACAUUUAUGGUUUGGCAUGGAUCUAAAAUCGGCUAUUUACGAAAAACGCAUCCAUCAUCAACUGUUUCCUAUGGACAUUGUGUAUGAUCCCGAAUAUGAAACCGAGGGCAAAGACAUUGUGGAAGCAUUAGCAAAAUUCGGCCACAAGUACCAGUUUAAAGACGAUAAUGGAUUCGCAGCCAUCACUGGAAUAUCGACUAAAAAUAAAGAAGAAAAAAUCAGCGCUUGGAGUGACAGGAGACGACCGGGGUAUACAACGUACGUGUAUUAGCUAAAUUGAAAAAUAAUUAAAUGGAGUUUUCUGAUUGGCAGCUUCUGGUAUUGAUGUAACGUAACCUGUGAUCCAAAAGAUUAAAAAAUUGUUAAAUAGAGUAUUAUAUACACGAGAAACACGUAACUGUUAAAACAAUGUUUAGUAUUGAAAAUAAAUUUAAUUUUUCCAGUUUUACUCUUUUACAAUUUGGUCGACAGAACUUGUAUUUCAAUAACAGUAA